GGGUACCCAAGUAUUUCCUCUGCAGAAGAGAGAGAGAGAGACUGGUGAACAGUGGACAGUGUUUAUUUUUAUCCAUCAAGUCAUAGUCAUAUAAUAGACUUCAUUUUCCUCUUUUAUUGAAGAAUAUACCGAUUGAUUAUAACUACCACAAUGCCAUCUAUUGAAGAUACGCUGUUUCAGUUGAAGUUCUCUACCAAGCAACUAGAGAGAUUUUCCAAAAAGUGUGAGAAAGAACAGAAAGUCCAGGAGUCUAAAGUUAAGAAGGCUUUGAUGCAAAAGAAUGUAGAGGGAGCACAAAUAUAUGCUGAAAAUGCAAUAAGAAAAAAGAACGAGUCCUUAAACUUUCUCCGACUUGCGUCAAGAUUGGAUGCUGUGGCAUCUCGUGUUCAAUCAGCUAUGAUGAUGAAACAGGUCACUAAGAACAUGGAGGGUGUGACGAAAGGUUUGGAUAAAGCCAUGCAAUCUAUGGACCUGCAAAAGAUCUCUGCUACUAUGGAGAAGUUUGAAGGUCUUUUUGAGGAUCUUGACGUCAACACUCAGGUUAUGGAGGGCUCCAUGGGAGCUGCCACAACACUAACAACUCCUCAAGACCAGGUUGAAGCCCUUAUCAACCAGGUUGCUGAGGAGAAUGGCCUGGAAGUGAUAAAACAAUUGGAUGCCGUACAGCCUGGCACAGCAUCUCUCAGAGACUCUGAAAGAUCCACAGAAAAAGAGGAUCAGCUAUCUAGAAGAUUGGCUGCCCUUAGGAACUGAGGAUUUCAGUAUGUUUGUAGUCUCCUUGUUGUAUAUUCUUGUAUAAUACUGUGUAAAUUGUCUAAUUGUCACAAUAAUACAAUUUCAAAAAUUUUCAAGAUCUGGGAUAGCUGUGGCAGUGUACUUUAAAAGGGUUCUUGGGCCUUAUCUCUGCUAUGUUUUAACAUCCCUCAAUCACUGUUAAUGGUGAAAAAAAAGGAUGAUAGAAUAUAUUUUGUAACGCCUUAUCAACCUGUAGUAAAAGAAUGUUCAAGGAAGAUCAAUUUUUAACUCUAAGAAAAAAGGGUUCUGGCAACCUUUAUAAAGGGUUGAUUCACUAA